CAGCUUCUUAAGCGUACCUAUUUGCUGUCCUUCUGAAACGGCCUCAAUCCUACAUUCUUCUUUCCUCAAUACAGCUUACUCUUCCCGGGUUUGGGAGAGCUUCCCCGCACCUACCGCUGCACAGCAUCAUGUACGUCGCAAACGGGCAUACACUCGGAGAAAUUACGUCCAGGAGAACCUGUUUUAGCUAACGAUGAUCCCACCUAUCUCUAGGCGCAUCACGGUAAGCGUAAUUCGCCCGGACCAGGCCGAUGCCGAUAUUAUCUCCCUCGAAGUCGGGGCGGAUAUGACCGUCGAGCUCCUGAAAGCUAUUGUUGAAAGUGAAACCUCGAUACCGCCCGACGCCCAGCGACUCGUAUAUAACAAUCAACUCCUCGGUGAUGACUCCCGUACGCUUGAGCAAGUCGGCAUCGGUGAAGGGGAUAUGCUCGGUGUCCAUGUGACGCUGCGAGGACCCCCCGCGCCCACCCGGAGCAUAGGAGGUCCCAGCUCUGCUGCCGCCCAACAAAAUCUGCAGCGGCGCCAGGCUAUGACCCCAGAUCCCGAGACAAUUCGCCUACAUAUUUUGGGUGACCCUCGUGUGCGGGAAGCCGUCCGAAGGCAGAACCCGGAGUUGGCGGACGCUGCCAACGAUGCGCAGCGGUUCCGCGAGGUCCUCACCCGACAACAAACCCGCGAAGCUCAAAUGGAGGCGGAGAAAGAAGCGCGGAUUGCCAUGUUGAAUGCCGAUCCUUUCAAUCCCGAAAAUCAGAAGCAGAUCGAAGAGAUCAUUCGUCAGAAUGCUGUGACGGAAAACCUCCAUAAUGCAAUGGAGCAUCAUCCGGAGUGUAAGUCGGACCUGCAAGUGUUCAUAAUUUGCGGAGCUGGUGAUUAAACAUACAGCACAGCAUUCGGUCGCGUAACCAUGUUAUAUAUCCCUGUCGAGGUCAACGGCCACAAACUCAACGCUUUUGUCGACUCCGGUGCACAGGUCACCAUCAUGUCGCCAGAAUGUGCGACC